AUGACCCAACCCGAGAAACCCACGGCGGGCUUGAUUCAAAUCCCUGUGGCAGCCACACAGAAGUCUGCUGCAAAGAAGGCUCACAAGCCUCCAGCUCCUCGUCUCAAAUUGUUGAUCCGUCGCCUGCCACCAGGAUUGACCCAAACUGAACUUGAGGGAGCUCUGGGCGCAGAAUGGAAGGUCGGCGCUGGGAAAGUGGAUUGGCUUCAGUACAAGGCUGGCAAAGUGUCCAAAGAUCCCGCUAAGCCCUCCCGUCCCUCCCGAGCCUAUAUCCAUGUUGUGUCAAGCGAACAUAUCACCCCGCUUUCGGAUCAAGUGCGACAAGCCUCGUUUCAAGAUGCUCGUGGCACCUCCCACGACCCGAUUCUCUCGGGUGCUCCAAGCCUCGAGUUCGCCCCCUAUGCCAAAAUCCCCGGUAGUCGCGUGCGCAAGGAUGCUCGCCAGGGUACAAUUGACCAGGACCCGGACUUUAUCACCUUCCUUGAAAGUUUAACACAACCUAUUACGAAGUCGGGGCUUGCAGAUAACCACGAGAGCGAAGACAAGAAGGCGACUGUACUUACUACACCAUUGGUUCAGUUCAUCAAGGACAAGAAAGCAAGCAAGGCCAAGGAGGCUGCGACCUCUAAAGCCUCCAAGCACGGCCGAUCAGAGAAAGAGCCCAAGGAGAAGGUGCAGGCCAAAAAACUACUGCAGCGCGCCGACAAGGGAUCCAGUACGGCUCCACCAGAGAAGAAGGGAAGAGGCGAUAAGAGCACCAAGGAGUCUGCAAAAGCGACUAAGCAAGUUGCCACGAAUAGCAAGUCCUCCGGCAAGGGAAGCUCUGCAAAUACAGCCAAAGAAACUACAGCAGUUCCAGAGAGGAAACGAGAACGAGGCAAUGUCACCGCAGCGACCAAAAUUCUCCAGCGCGAUCUUGGCAUCGCGCCAGCCAGUGGCCGGCGACGGGGCAAGGGAGCUAAUGACACCGGGUCAUCGAAGAACGAGAGUUCUCGAGACUCCUCGGUCCCAGCCGCUGAGGGAACCAAGAAGGAACCCGCAAGCAAGCCAGCCAAGAAUGCCUCAUCUGGAGGAUCCGGCAAAACGAAGAAAGAUCACGAUUCUACAACGAAAGCGCCCGACGCUGCUCCCCCGAAUACUUCCAACGCACCCCCCGCAAAGACGACCAAGGGUCCCAAGCAACCCAAGCCGUCCGCUCCUCCUGCCUCCACUGCCACCCAGGCAUUCCUCAAACACGCAAACCCUUCUCAAGGUGUGACCGAAGCAUUACUAGAAACCGCGUUCGGUUCAUUCGGGGCCGUGGCUAGGGUCGAGAUCGAUAAGAAGAAAGGGUUUGGUUAUGUGGAUUUCGCAGAUCCGUCGAGUCUGCAGAAGGCCAUAGCUGCUAGCCCUGUGACAGUUGCUCAGAGUCAAGUGGUGGUGCUUGAGCGCAAGGCAAAUCCCGGUGGGGAGAAGACGCGGAAGGGCCGAAGCGAAUCGCAACAACAGCAACCACCGCCAGCACCGCCAGUGGCACCUAGCGGAAACACCGGGAAUGCUGGAGGUGGUAGUGGAAACGCGGCCGGGUCAUCUGCACGGGGAUCGCGAGGCGGGCGUGGAUCGCGAAACAAGGGACCAAAGGGAGGUGCUGCUGGAGGUAACAAUGAGAAGGAGAAGACGGAGAAGACGGAGAAGACGGAGAAGACAGAGAAGGGCGGAAGCUCGGGCAAGUGA